CCCACUCUCACCACUUUCUGAGAUGGAAUAGGUCUCCAAUGAGUUUCCAUUUCUGCUCAAAAAUGAAGAAUUAUGUGCUACUCUCUGUUGUCUUUCAGUUUUCUGCUAUGGCACAAAUUCAUGAGUUUGUUUUUUACAACGUGUGUUUCGAGACCGAGGGGACGUCUGGGGUUAUAUUCGAUGGCGAGGAAGUGAUGUUCAUAAAUGACAAGGAGCCAGUCUACACAUUCCCUUCAUUUAUAAACACAAGUGCACUGGUGCUUCCUCCCUACACUGACAAUGGCAACAGGUCACAAUGCCGUAGCAAAAUAGUAACCCUCAUUGAUGAAGAAGUAAACAUUACAGAAACCGAGGAUCCACCUGAGAGCACCGUCUACACCAGAGACUGCGUGGAGUUUGGAGUGAAGAACACCCUCAUCUGCUUUGUGAAUCAUUUCCACCCUCCCGUCAUCACCGUACGGUGGACUAAGAACAACGUGGAGAUCACCGAGGGGGUGAACCAGAGUCGGUACUAUGGGCAUGCAGAUGGGAAGUUCCACGUGUUCUCCACCCUGAACUUCAUGCCUGAGGAGAGUGACAUCUACGGCUGCACUGUGGAACAUCAGGCCCUAGAGAAACCAAACACAAAGAUAUGGGUCGUUCCUGUGCAGGAAUGGGAUGUAGGUCCCUCGGUCCUCUGUGGAGUUGGGAUUGGACUUGGACUGCUUGGGAUGAUUUCUGGAACAUUCCUUCUCAAAAAAGGACUGAAUCAAGCAUGUGACCAUUUGUCCAACAGUGAAUGAUCAGCUGACCUUAUAAAAUAAUGGAUCAUAAUUCCAGUCUGCCAUGUAAAACGUGAUUAACAUGUAAUAUAAUAAUUAUGAUAAAAUCAUAAUUCCCAAUACUGCAUUACAGAAAACUGAUGCAUGACACACUACUGUAGUGAUGAUGAAUAUAAUAAUUUAUGUUCAUAAAGUUAAUUAUAUUUUCUCAUGCCUAAGUCUGACAAUAUCUUAUCUCAAUAAAAUCACAUUAAAGAC